UGUUUCUUUCCUUGCUCAUUUAUCUCUCAACUCUGCUCCUCCGGAUUUCUGGAAAAACAGAGAAAAAAUUCAACAGUUCAAUGGGGAAUUGCCAGGCCAUUGAUGCCGCCACCCUUGUGAUUCAGCACCCCAGUGGCAGAGUCGACAAAUUUUACUGUCCGCUUACCGCCGGAGAGGUUAUGAAGACCAACCCCGGUCACUACGUUGCCCUUCUCAUAUCUACCACCUUCUACCACCAUUCCGCCGCCGCAGAUAACCCCUCCGUCCAAAAGGUCAACCCUGUUCGGUUUACGAAGAUCAAGCUUCUCCGGCCGACGGAUACCCUUGUUCUUGGUCAGGUCUAUAGACUCGUCACCGCUCAAGAGGUCAUGAAAGGAUUGAAAGCGAGGAGACAUGCAAAGAUGAAGAAUAACCAGCAAGAAUCUACAGGAAAGCCUGAGAAAGAAACUGAAAGAUCUGAACCAGAGAAGGAGAGUAAGGUGAGCAGACAUGAAAGACACAGACCAAGAACAACAACAACAGCAACAGCAACAUCAACAUCAUCAUCAUCCAACCCAGUUGCUGCAAGAUCGAAGGCAUGGCAGCCUUCAUUACAGAGCAUCUCAGAAGCUGGAAGUGGAACCUGAUGAUGUUUCAUGUUUAGCAAUAACGACACAAAUCCAGGCUCGUUAAGCCUGUAGGCAACACAGUUUCUCAGGUAGCAUAGUUAAACCAGGAAAAGAAAAGAAAAGAAAAAAAAACUUUCCUCAAACCCAGAUCUGAAAAACUCAGAUUUGCAUAUUAAAGAAGGGUUCUGAAAUAUCCAACAUAAAUUGUAAUCAAGCAUUGUUGUGUAAUGUAAAUCAGUGUUUUUCUUCUUACUUCAUAGAUUAAUGAGCCAGAUGAUAUGAUCUGAUUUGUUUUUGUUCUUAGUCUUAGAACUUGGAACAACUUCAAAAAUGAGGUAAGUUUGCUGUGGUCCAAAAACAUAGAUAUGAAUUAGAAUAAAACCUUCUUUAUCGG